AUGUCCACGGAUGAUUUCGUUUCUUCCGACGUGAAUAAAGCGCUGCAGGAGGCUAGACAGAUUGUUACGAAAGGGAAGCGCCCACCACAACCUCUGAAUGAACAUUUAAUCGAAGAAUCGACAACCGUACAAGUCAACAAAUCUGGAAAUCGGACUGAUCCUGUAGAAGUUAUUAUUUCAAGGUCGAAGAAAUUUACACAGGAUUCCAGUGAUGAUGAGUAUUUUGGUAAGAUUUGGAUUUAUUUAGGUAUGUUUUUUAAUUUUAGGUUCUUUAUCAGAUUCGGAUCUGCUUCCGAGAGCGAGGACUGUCUCCACAGCUUCCAGAAAAUCAUGUAAACAUCAUUAUAGUGAUGCAGAAUUGGAAGGUUUUGAAAAAAGUAAAAGUCACAAAAAACAUACCAAUGUGCGUUACCGAAGAAAAGGGAACGAGCUUUGGACAAAAGACGAUGAGGAUGAUCUUUUAACUGAUGGAACGGUUUCUGAAUUCGAAGAAGACCAGGCUCGCCUAGAGGUCGAUGUUAAAGAAGAGUGUAGAGAUGAAGAUGGAGAAGGUCAUGUUGUGAUUAAGGUAAGGGCAUAUGUAAUUUAGUAAUUAUUAUUAUUACAGACAUGGAGUGCACGUUGGACCGUUCAACACUUUGAUUUAUUGCCAGAAUGGCUGCAAGACAAUGAAUAUCUUCGACAUGGGCAUCGGCCUCCUCUUCCAAGUGUCGCUGAAUGCUUUAAGAGUAUCCUUUCCGUUCAUACGGAAACAGGGAAUAUUUGGACUCAUUUGAUUGGUGAGUAGUUACACGUUUGAAAUGACAAAAGUAACUUUUAGGUUGUGUUGCGUUCUUUUUCCUCGCUUUAUGGUUCUUGACUAGGCCGGAUGCUCAUAUUGGGCUACAGGAGAAAUUGGUGUUUUCCUUCUUUUUUGGUGGUGCUAUCCUGUGUUUAGGACUUUCAUUUAUGUUCCACACACUUUCAUGUCAUUCUUUGAAUGUACUUUUGAUAUUCAGCAAGUAAGUCUCCAUUGUUUCUCCAUUGAUUUUUAGGUUGGAUUACAUGGGAAUUAGCCUUCUAAUAGUUGGCUCAUUUAUUCCAUGGGUAUAUUACGGAUUCUAUUGCCGCCAAGAGCCCAAAAUUACCUAUAUAGCCAUGAUCUGCGUGUUGGGAGCUGGCGCCAUUAUCGUCUCCUUGUGGGAUAAGUUCAGCGAGAGUCGUUACAGGCCUUUCAGGGCCGGAAUUUUUGUAGCGAUGGGCUGUAGCGGUAAACUAAUAUAUUUCUAGACACGUGCUUUAGGUAUCAUCCCGGCUAUUCAUUUCGUAUAUACUGAUGGUAUGAGGGUGUUAAUUGAUGAAAAUGGAUUUUAUUGGCUGGUCGCAAUGGCGGUUUUAUAUCUCUUUGGCGCCUUUUUAUACGCCACACGAACUCCGGAGAGAUUCUUUCCUGGAAAAUGCGAUCUUGUGGUGAGUUUUUUGGGUCACUUACUGUUAAAUCUUAUCUUCGUAUUAAAACUAAAAUUCCUUACAGUUCCAAUCGCAUCAACUCUUCCACCUAUGUGUUGUUGUGGCCGCAUUCACCCAUUACUAUGGUAUCUCCGAGAUGGCCAUGAAGAGACUCACAUCCAGCUGCCCAGCCGACGAGUCUAUAUUUGACGCAGCGCGACAUACAGAGCUCUAA